GACUGACUCCGCGUCGUCUCCAUCACCACCAUUCGCGUCGACAGAAGAGAAGAAAUAAAAAUCCCCAAUCCCUGCACCCACCCACCACUGCUCCCUCACCACCCAGAUCUGCCGAGCCUCGCCGCCGCCGGCGUUGGACCCGGCGAUGCCUAGGACGGCGCAGGGGCUAUCCUCCCUGCUCCGUGACCACGCCGCCCUCAUCUUCCCCUCCGCCCGCUGCUGCUCCCACCGCCUCAAGCCCUGGUCUUGGCACCCCCAUACCCGCUCCUCAUCCUAGCGCGCGCGCGCCGGCCGCCCGUUCCUUCUCCUCCCUUCCCUCCCCCUUCCCGCCCGCCCACGUCCUUCUGUCCACCCUCUCGUAGCUAGAUUUUUCUGGUUCUGGUCACUGGGACUCAGUUCUUGCAAGGUCGUGUUGGUAUUGGAUCGGCUGCCUGCUGUUGGACUGUGCUGGAUCACCGGCGCUGGGACUGGGGAGUGCGCGCAGCCUCUUGUUCCCGGUCAACGAGGCGAGCUGCUUGAUGGAUGGUCGUUCCUGCGAUCCUGGGGGCGUGCCAGUGGUGGCGUCUGACGGCACCUCUUCCACCGACGCCCGCGGCGGCACGGAGCGGUCUGCCCUUGACGGAGCUUCCAAUGCGGAUGGCUCGUCGGAGGCUGGAAUGUGCGUGGGUGUCUCCAAGUUGGUCGGCUCGGGGGUGAAGAAAGACCUCCAGAAGUGCGCGACGUUUCCGUCGUCUGCCGCUGAGGUCGAACAGGAGGACUUGUGCUCUGAUGCGGAUGAUGCUAAGGAUGCUCACACUUACCAGCGCUCUGUUUCGUUACCUUCACCUGUGAAGCUCAUCCCUGCUAUUAAAGGAAGCCGCGAGAAGAAUGGGGUGCCAUCACCAAGAGAGAAUCGCCACAUCAAAUGGGCCGAGGACGUGUAUGACCCCCCUGUCACAUCUGUUUCUCAUUCUGUGAACAACAGUUACAAGAGACGGCCCAAUCCCCGUAAGAAGGACAAGAGCAAACAGAAACAGAAGCAGAAGGGCAGAUCCAAGAAAAAAACCAAGAACACUAACCAGAACCCAGCUGUAAUCCAGACUCCUGAUGGACUGGAAGAUCUUGGCACCUCCGUUGAUACGGAAGCUCCAGCUGAUCCUGGAAAGCAUGAGACUGAGGUCUUGGACUAUGGCAUCAGCAGCCAAGAUGCCAAAUGCGGAAGUAGCUUCCUGCUUGAGACGGUUGCGAAAAUGCAUUUCUCUACCGCCGAGGCUUCCUGAAACGCCCGCGGGAGACUCAAGGCUUUGCAGACACAUCUCCAUUAUGUAAAUACAUGGCGGCUGUACAUAAAUAAAUCGCGUAUGUUGUUAUCACCAUGUACCUCCUGUUGUGCUAGAGAACUUCUACGUCCAUGAUUUUGUAGCAAAGCGUGAUGACUUUUGGACUAGUUUUUGUAUGCAACCAUUUGUCCAGCUGCACAGGAACAAAAGUACCAUCAAUCUAUUACGUUGCAGUUUUACGGUCUUCUA